AUGGCACAAAUUAGUCUGUACAGUAAUGAUGGAUUACGUUCAUCAAAACAUGUGAUGUGUGGUAAAUUUGAAUUACAAUUAACACGCUUUCAAAAUCCGAAAGGUUUAAAUGUAAAUGGUAGCUGUUGUUCUGGUCCAAAUUUAUUUUUCACAUGUUUACAACCGUGCAAAACAUUUAUUCGCCUAUGUUUACGUUAUAUAAAUCCCACAUUGGAUGAUAUCAGUAGUAGUUCAACAACAACAAAGAAUUCUUCAAGUGCUCUUCUAUCGCCCGAUUCUUGUACAUUCGGUUUUCAUGAAACACCUGUACUCGGUGGAAACAAUUUAGAUUUUACACAGACACCCACGGGACGACCAAAUAUAUUUCAAUUACCUUUUAACUUUAGUUGGAUGAGUGAUUUUGUUCUACAAAUUGAUUUGUUUAAUGAUAAAACGUAUGAUGGUAUUACAUUUCCAGGUAGUAAUCGUGAAUUAAUAUUUUCAAAGUUAAUGCGUUCAUCACUUCAUGUUGGUUCAUCGUGGUCUGAAUCAUCGUCAUCCGAUUCAUUUGAACAUGAGCUAGAAUAUCAUUAUCGUGUUGAAUGUGAGCAACAUUUUUAUGGUGAUCAAUGUUCAAAACAUUGUCGUGAACGUGAUGAUGAUUAUGGACAUUAUACAUGUACAAAAGAGGGUGAUAGACAAUGUAUACAAGGUUGGCAAGGCAUCAAUUGUCAAAGAGCUAUAUGUUCAACCGACUGUUCAUUUGAAAAUGGUUAUUGCACUCAACCAGGUGAAUGUAAAUGUCGUGCUGGAUGGCGCGGUUCAAAAUGUAAUCAAUGUGCAGUGUAUCCCGGAUGUGCAAAUGGUUAUUGUACAGCGCCGUUUACGUGUGUGUGUCACGAAGGAUGGACUGGUCCGUUUUGUAAUAAUUGUAAGUAUUAUCUGGACACUUGUAUAGGGAAAAGAGUUGAGCAAUUUACCUAUGCAUUUCUAUUAUUUUUUCUUCCAGUAUCAAAGACCUGCUCUUCUCGUCCCUGUUUACACGAUGGUGAAUGUACAACGACAGCCAAUGGGGCAUAUAAAUGUAUUUGUCGUCCGUAUUUCACCGGUGAACAUUGUGAAACAUAUUUGCUAUCUUCGGCGACCAUUUGUCAAAAUAAUUUAUGUCAAAAUCAAGGCACGUGUAUUCAAGAACAUCAGUCAUAUCGAUGUAUUUGUGCAAAAGGAUUUCAAGGAAUUUUAUGUGAUGAACGAGACGGACAAUUGCAACAAAGAAUUUUAUGUGAAAGAGACUCAUCUUCUGUGGCAGCGUUCGGUGAACUCUGUUUAAAACAUCAAUGUUACAACGGUGGUACAUGUCUGGUGAAACAAGAUGAUAAUUCAAAACCAACAUGCUCAUGUGUUGACGGAUGGCAAGGUGCCGAUUGUCGCCAACCAGUUGAUUAUUGUGAAACAUCACAUCCAUGUCGUAACGGUGGUAUAUGUUCAUCUUUUCCUACCAAAGGUUUUCAAUGUACUUGUUCAUCGAAAUAUAUUGGUCUCUAUUGUGAAAUUGAUUUAACUCUUAUUCGUCCGUCGAAGUUUCAUCAAAAUCGUUUCAGUUUAUUAUCCAUCAUCCUUUGUAUUAUUCCUGUACCAAUUACCUUAAUGGGAUGUAGUAUCAUCUUUUAUUACUAUCGACGAAAACAGCGAGCAACACAACAUCAACAAUAUCAUUAUCCUACUCUCAAUGUCGAUAUUGAAAAACUUGGUACAUCACAAAUUUGGGCAACAAAUUUAUUAAAAUCUAACAUAAUGGAAGAAAAAAUAUGUGAAAAGAAAAAUGUAAAUUUAACAUUAACAACGGAAAUAUUUCAAAAAAUGUCUAAAUUAGAAUCGUCGUAUGAAUCAGAUUUAAAAUCAUCAAAUGAGAAACAACAAUUAUCUCCAAAAAUAAACUAUAACAUUAAACUUUUACCAAAUCAUGUUGCAUCUCUUGUUUAG